AUGCCGGAAUCGGCCAAAUUUCCCAUACUCAUACCAAAAUACUCGGUGCUGGCCAAAUUGAUCAUCCAGUCAGUUCAAGAACACAUCUUCCACUUUGGAGUCGAUUCAACGAUUGCACAUCUUACCCAACAAUAUUGGAUCCCGUCCAUACGACCACAAGUGAAGGCAAUCUGUCGAAGUUGUGUAAAGUGCCGUAAAGAUUCUGGCCCGUCUUAUCGACUACCCGAUCCAGCUCCCAUGCCGGCCGACCGAAUUAAGGAGAGCUACCCCUUCGCAGUGACUGGAGUGGAUUACUCGGUUAUAAUUCCAAUUCGUGGUGCGGAGAAAGGCAUGGAGGCCAAUGCCUAUGUAUUAUUGUUCACCUGCGGAGUCUCUCGCUCCAUCCAUCUUGAGACCGUAGAAGAUAUGACAGCCGCAUCAUUCAUCGACGCUUUUAAACGGUUUAUCAGCCAUCAUCCAAUUCCUCGUAUCAUCUAUUCCGAUAAUGCCACCACGUUCAUCAGUGCGUCGAGCAUUCUCGUCAGACUCUUCGAUCAACCAGAAGUUGCCAAACAACUAGCAGAUAUGAAGAUAACUUGGAAAUACAUCCCGAAACGGGCCCCGUGGUAUGGAGGAUGGUGGGAGAGACUUAUUGCCUUGACUAAAAUAGCUCUCCGCAAGAUGAAUGGCAGAACAAGGCUAAAAUUUAUUCAAUUCCAAACGGUGCUUUGUCAAAUCGAAGCAAUUCUUAACGAUCGUACCCUCACUCGAGUGCCAACUGACAUUGACGGGCUGGAGCCACUGACUCCGUCUCACUUGUUGUAUGGCCGUCGGCUUACAAUUUUACCCUUUGACUUCGCAGCAGAUGAAGAACUGCAAGACCCAAGCUAUGGGAUAAAAAAUUCGGUUUCUAAGGCUUAUCUUCGCUUUUAG